AUGAAAUCUUUUUCAAAUUUUGUCAAUCAAAUUGUUUCAUUACGUUUAUCAAUAUUUUCUAAUGAUGAUUUAGAUCUAUCAAAAUUAAUUAAUCUACGAUAUUUACAUAUAGAAAAAUCAACACAUAAACAAUCAAUUUCAAUUCGACCUGAAAUACUUUCACCUUGUUGGAAUGGUUGUGAUGAAUAUCAAAGUGGUGAUUCAAAAACAUUGAAUAAUUUUACUGGACAACGAAGUGAAUCAUCAUAA